GGUAGCGUCCCCAAUUAUGUCAUAAAACCUUUGCACCCACACUCCAAUUAGAUUUUCUGUCUAAUAUAUCUAUCUCUCUUCUCUGUGUACCUGAGCUACUCUCUGGAUAUCUGGACCAGCCAUGGUGGUGUGUCUGACUGGGCUAUGGAGGUAUCGGAAUUACCUGGUCAUAUUCCUCACCCCACUGUUGAUUCUACCUCUACCCAUAAUAGUUGGGGGACCGGAGGCUAGUUGUGGCUAUGUGAUCAUCCUGACGGCCCUGUAUUGGUGUACAGAGUGUAUGCCCCUGGCUGUGACUGGUCUGCUGCCUGUCAUCCUCUUCCCUAUGAUGGGCAUUAUGGAGUCAAGUGAGGUGUGUACCCAGUACAUGAAGGAUUCUAACAUGCUGUUCGUCGGAGGGCUGUUGAUGGCUACAGCUGUGGAACACUGGAACCUUCACAAACGCAUCGCCCUCAGAGUACUGCUCCUAGUAGGGGUGAAGCCUGCCCUUCUGAUGAUGGGCUUCAUGGGCACCACAGCCUUCCUGUCCAUGUGGAUCGGUAACACAGCCUCCACUGCCAUGAUGCUGCCCAUCUCUAAUGCUGUGCUGAAGCAGCUGUGUGACACAGAGGCCCAGGCAGAGGAGAGGGAGAUGGACCUGAUCUCCCUCAGGGGGGCCGGGCCCGGGACUGGGAUACCUAAGGGCCAGGACAACCAAGCCUUUGAUAUGGAUGAUGGAUGUACUACUGAAUGUACAAAGGAUGUCAAGCCCAUGAAGAAUGGAAUUCAGUUAGAGCCCGAGCCAGAGGUGGAGGAGAGUCCGGAGGCGAGGGAGAGGAGGCUAAAGAGGGAGGCUAAGUACCUGAAACUGGAUAAAGGCAUGAGUCUCAGUGUGUGUUACGCUGCCAGCAUCGGAGGAACAGCCACCCUCACCGGCACCGCCCCGAACCUCAUCCUCAAAGGACAGGUCGACGAACUGUUCCCAGGAAAUGGAGACAUCAUCAACUUUGCCAGCUGGUUUGGUUUCUCCUUCCCCAACAUGGUUCUGAUGCUGAUCAUCUCCUGGCUGUGGCUGCAGUUUAUGUACCUGGGCUGCAACAUGAAGAAGUCGUUUGGCUGUGGAACGAAUAAAGAUGGUGACAAGGAGGCGUACGGGGUGAUAAAGAAUGAGUAUAAGAAGCUGGGCAGUGUGUCCUUCGCUGAGGGCUGCAUCCUGGUGCUGUUUGUCCUGCUGGUCCUGCUCUGGUUCACCAGAGAACCAGGCUUCAUGCCCGGCUGGGCCGCUGUGCUCUUCAACAAGGACAAACCGUAUGUCACUGAUGGCACAGUGGCCAUGCUGAUGUCAACGCUGUUCUUUGUGAUCCCAUCCCAACUACCCAGAUGUGGCGGGUACUCUGAGGAUGUAUCUCCCUCUAAGACUCUGCACUGUCCUCUCGAUGCCAGGAUGACCCGAGGAGGGGAGAGUAUGAGCCCAACGAAUCAGCUUAUCCCGGACCCCCCUCGGCACGACGGUGACGACGACCGCCGAGCACCGCCCGAACAGGCAGGGGAGCCAACUUCGGCGGAAGUCGUGACACCAUGUCAGCUAACAUUUUUUAGAUUGACGUCUGGUCUGUCUCAGUGGCUAGGAGAAAGUCUGGCCCCCCUGCAGUCCAUCCCUCCCAUUGCCAUCUCUUUCCUCCUGUCUCUACUCAUCGCCACUUUCACUGAGUGCUCCAGCAACGUAGCUACUACCACAUUGUUCCUGCCUAUACUGGCCUCUAUGGCCGUAGCCAUUAAGCUCCACCCGCUGUACGUCAUGCUGCCCUGCACCAUCUGUGCCUCGCUGGCCUUCAUGUUGCCGGUGGCCACACCCCCUAACGCCAUCGCCUUCUCCUAUGGCAACCUCAAAGUCAUGGACAUGGCGAAGGCUGGAUUCGUGCUGAACAUUAUUGGUGUCAUCACCAUCAACAUCGCCCUGAACACCUGGGGAACAGCUAUGUUCAAUCUCAACACCUUCCCUGACUGGGCCAAUGUUACCACCAUACCCACCCCCUGAUCUAGAGACACCAGAAAGGAAGGAAGGAGGGAAGGAGGAGGAGGAGGAAGACAGUGGAGGGAUGGGAAGAGGGGAGAGAUGCUGUAUGUACACCUCUAUCUGGGGCAGGCUGUAAACAGAAGACAGUGCUGAUGGUCAACCUACUCAGGGUGAUCUAAAGCUGCUACUGUAUACACACUCCAUAUAACAACACACACAGUAUCUGUUUACCGGUUGGACUGGUACUCCUCCUCCACUCUGGCAAAGUUUUGAUUGUUUUGAAUUAAAUCAAUUUAAAUGAA